AUGUCAAACAGUAGUGAUUUUGGUUCAGAGCAGAGGACCGGGAAUCGAGAGUUUGACAAAAGACUUUUGUCCCAUUCCUCCCUUUCCUCUGUCACUGCUAUCAUCUCUCAAACGCAAAAAAUUGGUGAUUAUGGCAAAUAUCAGAAGUUGAUGCUAUGGUUUGUCUUAUUUCCCGCACAAUUGCCAUAUUUGUGUCAACUCUACUGUCACCUAUUUAUGUCCAUAACUCCCGAUCAUUGGUGUCGAGUGUCAUUAUUGGAUCCAUUUAAUGUGACCGACCAUUUCAAUCGACAUCUAUUUGUGCCUAAAAAGGAUAAUAUCCUGCACAGUUUACAAUACGAACAGUGCUAUGUUUAUAACAUCUCUUACCAGACUCUCGUAGAACAUAGCAUUCAAAUCGGUUGGAUUCCUAACCAGACGUGGCCCAUAAGCAACACGAGGGUCCCCACCCAGAUGUUGUCCUGGCGUGAACCCCUACUGCUAAGUCAGCAAUUAGGCACUCGAGUGAAUGAGUGCACGGAGUGGGGGAGUCCUACCAUCCAUGAGCUCAUCACCAUGAGAUGGGAUCUGGUCUGCGAUCGAGCUUUCAAUCAAAUAAUACCUAUAAUUGGCUUCUUUUCGGGAACCUUCAGUGCCUUUUCGGAGUCUCGAUUGCAUUCAGCACUCGCUUCGAUCUGUUCUGCAUUUUACGAUUUGGUGUCGGAUUCUGUAUCCCAAACAUCGCCUCAAUUCCCAAAACUCUUUGUGACUCUUGAGUUGACAUCACAACAAAAGGGCGCAAAAGUUUUAUUACUGUCUGAGAUGUGGCGAAAUAUCGGUGCUUUGCUUCUGGUUCUGGUCUCGUAUUUGAUCCGAGACUUCAAUCACUUAACUGUUGCCAUAAGCGUCCCAUUCACGUCUCCCAAAUGGCUUAUAAUGAAUGAACGCAUCGAUGAAGUCGAUAAACUGGUCAGAGAUAUCGCUGCAACUAAUGUCACAAUACUUUCCCCUGAUUUCAGUAUUACUUUGCGGUAUCAUUUCGUUUCCAUUUCUUUCGAUUACAAACUCGUAAGAGAAGAAUCCGAGUCGAGUGCGCCCUUCAGUCCGAACUCAAUACAACUCAAACCCAUUCACUCUUUGGGUCUCUCUUUUUGCCUGACUUUCGAUUCAAAGUUCUCGGCAUUUGCUUACUAUAUAUCACUCACUCUAUCACUGACAUUGGAUUCACUUAUUAUAUUAUCGAGUUUUCAGCAUUUGGAUAACAAUCUGGCUAAGAUUGAUAACUAA